ACCGGUACCUUAUGUGAAAGUGCAACUGCAGUUUAACUUGAACCAGCGAACUUUAUUAGCAUUAGCAAAUAGUCAGUAAUAUUUGGCUAGUGCAGAAAUGACUAAAAGACCAAUCAGAAUAAUCAUGUCCUAAUAUUAAAAUGCAGAUGUUGUUAUUCCAGGUAUUUGUUUUUCAGAUUUCAGGCUUUGAUUGAGUGUUUAAGGUCAUGAAAAAAAAUUACAUUUAUUUUGUUGUCAUUGUACUUUUCUUUUAUUCUAAAUUACUUGCAGACAAAACUGUAAAAUGUUUAAUCAAACAUAUUUGAGAAAUCUGCAUCAUAUUAUAAGAAAAUAUGAAUACGCGGCACAAAACAAUGAAGAGAAUUAUAUAAUUGAUAUAAAAUCAUUGGAGCCAAUUGAUGAUACGUUUGAAGAUUAUGAAAAUCGUGUAAAACUAACAGAUGAACAGAAAUUUGAACUCGAGGGACUUCAUAAUGUCACAAUUAAUGAGAUGAAAGAGGAUUUUUUUAAUAUUCCUGGUGAAGACUUUCCUGUAGUUUCUGAUGAUAUGUCUGUAUAUUCGUUAUCGGUACUAAAUACCGCAAAUGCUUUGUUAUUGGAGGGAACAGAUUUUACAAGCUCAUCUGACAAUGGUGUUCCUACAGGAUCAAUACCAGAUGCUUUUAAAGAUGCUAAUAUCGUAGCUUUGGACAAAAAUGGAAAUGAACUUUCAAUAAUUUUGGAUGAUAACAGUACAAUGGAGAGAAAAAUGAAUCAAUCAGUAAGAUCACAAAAUGCAAUGGAAGACGCUGAAACUUCAAUUGACGAAAUGAGUGAAACUUUGGAUAAAUGUGAGAGCAGUUUAGAAAAAUUUUUGCAAAACAAGAAAAAUGAAACACAAAAGAGAAAGCAAUCAGUCAGCUUAAAUUCUCCAAGUAAAGUGGCAAAAAAUGAAACACAAUCUCCAAGCAGUCCUGCACAUGUUUACGCAUCGGAAUCUGAAAUUUCAUUAAAUGAAGAUCCUUUCAAAACUAUAUUGUCUUCAUCAAACACAAAUCUUAGUAGUUCAUCUCAUCUUAUCAACACUGUUAGUGAUAAGUCACAAAAGGAAUCUUGUUACAAGAGUCAGAAAGGCAGGAUAAGGCUUCCCACAAAGGGUAUACUUUCUGAAGCAAAUAUACCAACAGAUGAUAUUCUGUGUAGUCCUAUCCGAAGGAUAAAACUGGCAUCACCAGUUUCCAGGGGUUCAGGUUUUACACGAAUUCCUGCAUUAGAUACUAGACAAGGUGGUUCAAGAAAUCUACUGUACGAUCCCAUGCAAAGUGAGGAUGAUAGCAGUGUGGAGGAUUUUCCAAGUUGAAAUAUUUGAGAAAUUAAUGUGAAAAUAGAAAUUUUGAUAUCGAGUGUUCAUUAAAAACACUGAGGAUGACAGUUUUUUCUUCUUCACACUAAUAUGUAAAGUUCUGGGCACGGUCAUUGUGCUAUUCCAGUUGUUACAUAGUUUCUUUUAAUUCUAGCCAGUGCAGUGUUUUUCUGGUGUUGGUGCAAUAAUGACUUUCACUCUUGUACCAUCAAGUUCUUACUAUAUAUAUUCUUCUGCUGAUAUUUUUGAGACUUAUUAAAACGCAAGAGAUGCUAUUUCAGUGGCAACAUUCUUUCUCUUGAUUCUAGCCAGUGUGGUUUUCAAUUCUGGCGUUGGUGUGAAAAUGGCAUUUACUUUUGUACCAAGUACUUACUAUAUUCUUCGUGCCAAUUUCUUACUCUAUUCUUUGUAUCAAGUUCUUACUAUAUAUAUUUUUGAGACUUAUUAAAACCCAAGAGAUGCUAUUUCAGUGGCAACAUUCUUUCCCUUGAUUCUAGCCGGCGCGAUUUUUGAUUCUGGUAUUGGUGCAAAAAUGGCUCUUACUUUUGACUUUUUUCUUUCAUUUAUUUCUGUACUACUAUUUGUGAGACUUUAAAACCUGUUAUGUGACUGCUGGAACCAUUUACCGAACCUUCGAAUUGGUAUGCGAUCAUAAUCGCAUGCCAAACUUUGACGUUUAAACUCAUAAAGACAUUCUUAUAGAACUAAGUUCCCAACACUAACCCAUUGUUAGGUUACUACUGAAAUCACUGAGAUCACACAACCGCUGAGAUAGCAUUCUAAAGUGGCAUCAAUCAAUUAUUAUCGAUACAAAUAAAAAUUAGAUAUUACUUAUUUCUAUGAUUUUCCAAAAUUCUUUUUUUCCAGUUAUAUAUUGCAGGAAGUGUACAAAUACCAUUGGAAAUUAUUUGUGUGUACACAGAUUUAUUACAUUUUUUAGUGUAUAAUAUAAUCUCAUCAUUCUCGCCUCGUAUUUGUAUAUGUAAUUUGUCAAUUUUGGAAUUGUAGCCAAUAUUUUAACUGUAAACGAUCACUCUUUUUAUAGUUUUACUAUUCUGAACAGUGUUAACUGUUUAGUCCUUUUUAAAGGCAGGUAUUAAUAUUCAUAUCUUGUUCCUCUCAUUUUAUUGAUUGUUAUCAAUGCACACGUUAACAGUUUUGAAUGCACACUUUCUUUAUAUAUAUUUUUGUAUGUUUUUCUAUUGGUAGGUAUGUUACAAUCACGUGCUAAAUAUCCAAACAAAACUGUGAUAGAACCUCGUCACGACAGUUUGUGCUGAGUAAACCUUUCUUCAUUGUUUAUUUCUUUCAGCAAUUUCAUUAUGCUUUGAAUUUCUUAUUUCUAAUAAAGGUCAAAACUAUA